UAACCAGGAAGUAAAUUGUAAACAGGAAAAAGUACUGCUAGAUACGGUCGAGCAGUAUUUUUGUGUACGAUCGGUACGGGAGUCGUAAUACAGUCCAGCUGCCGAUGAAAAGUAGAAGCUAUACGUGCUUGAUAUUGACCGCUAUGGUCUCUUUAUUAUUUCUUAUGAUGCUGCUAUACGAUGUGUUCAGCCCUCAGCAGGCUGGCAACUCAAUCCUCGGACAAGACUAUCAGCUACUGGGCAGGCCAUUGUACAAACUGGAUGUGACCUGGCCCAAAAACCCAGAACUCUUCUCUGGGAAUGUAUUUGGGGUGGCUGUCAACCAGUACGCUGGUGUCGUUUAUGUGGCACAGAGAGGGGACAAUGUGCCCAAGGUGCUGGUGUUUACAACAGAAGGCGAUUUCCUCAUGUACUGGAAUACAAGUACCUUAGAGAUGCCCCAUGGUAUAUUUUUAGCAGAUGCCUUGUCAAACCCAACUGUCUGGAUCACAGAUGUGGGAAAUGGUCCGUAUGGCCAUUGCAUCAAACAAUACUCACCAUCGGGGAAUCUUCUGCAGGUCCUUGGUACACCAGGGCAAGCUGGCUCCGGGCUUCAUCCGCUGCAGUUUGACCAGCCAGCUGAGAUCUUCGUCCAUGACUCCGGGGAAAUGUACAUAGUAGACGGUGACGGUGGGAUGAAUAAUCGCCUCAUCAAAUUAUCCAGAGAACAGGAAGUGUUGUGGGUUCAUGGAGAAAAGGGACAAGGCCUAGCUCAGUUCAACAUCCCUCACAGUGUGACAAUUGACAGUGCUCAAAGGGUAUGGGUGGCUGACAGGGCAAACAAGAGGAUCCAAGUUUUCAACUCCCUCACGGGGGGCUGGCUGGGAUCGUGGGGGAGCUGCUUCACUGAGGAUGCCCCUUACUCAGUCCGCCUCACCCCGGACAAGAAAUAUUUUGUUGUAGUCCAGCUCAACACCAACCAAAUUUCACUACUGGAGGCACCGCCGGUGGGUUUAAUUGGUCAGUGCAAGGUGGUCAGUGUGAUUCAACUUGCUGAUGAAGUCAAACCACAUUUGGUUGACUUGGACCUAAAAUCAGGGGCGCUUUACGUGGCUGAGAUUGGUGCCCAGCAGGCACAGAAGUUCACCCCUUUCAGCUUAGGUGGGACUUUCCUAUAAUACAGGAGCGAAAACAAACAAUUGAUGCAUAAAUGAAUGUCUUUUUUUUUUUUUUUUUAUCCAGACGUUGUGUGUAGUAUGUAUGUGUUUUCCCUGUUGCCCUCUUGGCCAGUUCUCUCUUUUGCCACCAGAGGGCGAUCUUUCACUUUCUUUGCGUGUUCGCUUCGCUUGAGUGCAAUAUGGUAUUUUCGUCAAACACGCAUGCGCAUAAGGUGAACUUCCACAAAGCAAACCCAUUAAACAAGUGUCAAUUUUGCUUUCAAAAUGGCAGGAAAAAAUGCACAGCUAAACGGAAAUAUCAAGAUGAACGCAGAGUGGGAAAGUUUCUAUUUUUUUGUUGAACGUAAUGACAAGCCAUUCUGCUUCAUAUGUCUGACGUCAUGUCAAAGCUUCAAAUCUUCAGCGCCAUGCACUUCAGCGCACUCCAUGCUAAAAAAAGAGGAUUGUUCAAGGCAAGGAACGCCACAAGUCGCACUAAGCAACAUGCAUAGUAAGUGAAAAAAUACAUUGUAAAUGAUUAUGUUUUUUGUUUGUGGACUUUGUUGAACUGACUGAAAUGACUGGCCUGUGGUCCAUUUCUGUCAUUAUCAUGUUGGAUACAUUUGGCUAAGCAGAGGUGUGUGUGUGUGUAAGAGCAAGUGAUGGGGUGAUGCUCAUGGUUUUGUUUCUACUUUGAAAUAUUGUAUGUGGAUAAUUGACCUCAUUGUGGCUGUCCUACUGUUUUUCUCCUUCCAAAGUUCAGCGUAAUGGGAUGUUCAUGCUGUUCAUACCUGCUAUGUACUUUAUGUGCUACUGUCUUAAAUGUUUUAUAUAAUCUAAAAGUAAAAAUCUCAAAAGAAA